CUUCCGUGCAAGCGUAUAUUGCAUGUGUAUAUGAUACCGAGAUGGCAAGCUUCUUGAUCCUUGGUACAUACAUCUUCCUCACCCUUACAACGGUGAGCGACUUCGACCGCGACACCAGGUUGCUGUCAUCCGCGACUACUCUCACUUCCUUACCAAAAUGUACCCGGACGGAACCCAGACCAUGGGACCUCCACUAGAGGGCUGGCUGAACAUCACGCCGGAAACCAUGUGGUCGCUUGUUAUCAAUUUACUACGCCAUCUAUCGCACGUUAAGAAUUCAGGCGAUGACGGACCCCAUCUCACACCAUUCGCUCGGUGCGCUGUGUGGACGGAUAUCGCGAACUGGCUGAUCAAGAGAUCGGAUCAAUACAUUGUUCUCACAUGCAGCGAUGACUGGGAUCCGGACAACAGUGAUGAGAACUGUGGACCAAUACUCCCGUACUGCAUUGGCUUGAAGUUUGCUAGUAGAGGUGGUACGAUUCUCCUCUUGAACGCUAAGUAG